AUGAACAAUUCGGCGCCACUGAUGGGCUACUCCGGGCUGGCAGGACAGCCUGGAGCAGUUCAGCCGCAUAUGCCGUCUGUUUUAGGAACUCCAGGCUCUCUACAUCAGCAACUUCAUUUGCAACAACCUCAUUCACAGUUGGGACCUAAUUCCCAAUUGGUACAAGGCCAGGCAGUCGGCCAGGCGCAACAACAGCUACCACCAGGAUUGAUUGGAGCACAGAACGCCGCUGGCUCUGCUUCAAGUGCUUCAGCAAAUGCUGGAAACCCGCUUUAUCAUCCUCACCAAGGUGACCCUUCGCUGCUCCAAAAUCCAAUCUGGAAGCUACAACUCCAACUUGCCGCUGUUUCACGUCAAGCGGUGGGCCAAGCUAAUGUCUAUGCCCGCCAGAGUGCAAUGCGGAAGUACUUGAUUAACAAAAAUCAAGGUACCCCAGGGGUGGGUGUAGCUAAUGCAACCAACCCACUAACUGGUGCCGCCAGUGCUGGCACGCUCAAUGAGAUGUCUGCCUCGCUCGUAGAUAACACCAAGCAAUUGUUAUUAGAUAUGGCUAGUGAUCCAUCUGCUACGAAAGCUCAAGUAGCCUCAUCUAGUGCCAUAUCUACACCAAUAACGCCCAACGCAGAACUCAACGGGGGGGUCAACCCGACGACGCCAUCUUUGCUUCUACAGCACAAGAAACUUUCGCAGUAUAACAUUGACGAAGAUGAUGAAAUAGAACAUCGCAUGGGCGCACCAACGGGUGCCAAAUAUGAUGAUCAACUUUGGCACGCUCUAGAUUUAUCAAAUUUACAGUUAUUCAAUUUGAGCAACUCGUUGUUCAAAUAUGAAUUUCUAACGCGGCUAUAUCUUAAUGGUAACAAUUUAACUUCUUUGCCUAAAGCAGUCAAGCAGUUAAGAAGCUUGAGGGUGUUGGAUUUGUCCCACAACAAGUUGACAGAGCUUCCUUCAGAAUUGGGCUUAUGUCACGAGCUGAAGUAUCUGUACCUAUUUGACAACAUGGUAUCCACGCUUCCCUGGGAAUUUGGCAACCUUUAUAACCUCCAGUUUUUGGGUCUCGAGGGUAAUCCUAUGGAUCGUCAAUUAAUAAAGAUCCUGACAGAGAAAUCUGUCACAGGUUUAAUAUUUUAUCUCAGAGAUAACGCUCCUGAGGUACCCUUACCCCAAGAAAGGAAAUUUAUCGAAAUUAACGUCGAUGGCGAACCAACAGAUGCGUUCAAUUCCUUGAAGGAGUCCGAACAACACCUCAACCGAGAGACUUUGAAGAAAUCCUUCACCGUUCUAUCGUACAAUACUUUAUGCCAGCAUUAUGCCACCCCAAAAAUGUAUCGUUUUACGCCAUCCUGGGCCUUGAGUUGGGAUUUUAGGCGCGAAAAGCUUCAGGAGCAAAUUUUGAAUUACAAUACUGACAUUAUCUGUUUGCAAGAGGUCGAAUCUAAGACGUACGAGGAGUUUUGGGCCCCACUGCUCCGGGAACACGGUUAUACUGGUAUGUUCCACGCCAAAACCAGGGCACGUACGAUGCAGGCAAAGGAUUCUAAGAAGGUGGAUGGAUGUUGUUUUUUCUACAGGGAUUCGGAUUUCAAGAUUGUGUACAAGGAAACAAUUGAUUUCAGUAGUAUAUGGAUGAAACACAAGAAAUUUUUGAGGACGGAGGAUUAUUUGAACCGUGCCAUGAACAAGGACAACAUCGCCAUAGUUGUCAAACUACAACACCAGAAAAGCGGAGAACAUGUAUGGGCGGUAACCACGCAUUUGCACUGGGACCCUCAGUUUAAUGAUGUUAAAACUUUUCAAGUUGGUGUUCUGCUAGAUCACAUGGAGAAGACGAUCAAAGAGCAUAGCGGCGGUACCAGCACACAAGAGCUGAAGAAGGUACCGGUGAUCCUCUGUGGUGAUUUAAAUUCGACGCUUGACUCUGCUGUUUACGACUUGCUACGUACUGGUGCCGUGCGCGACCAUCAGGAUAUUGAGGGCCGAGACUUUGGCUUCAUGUCUCAAAAGAACUUCGCUCAUAACAUUCCCUUGAAAUCAAGUUAUGAGGUAAUUGGCGAGCUUCCUUUUACUAACCUUUCACCACUUUUCACCAGCGUCAUCGACUACAUAUGGUAUUCCCCGCAAGCUCUGCGUGUACGUGGUGUUCUUGGCGAAAUAGACCAGGAAUAUACUUCAAAGUUUAUCGGGUUUCCCAAUGACAAGUUUCCUAGCGACCAUAUUCCGCUUGUUACUCGGUUCGAGUUCACCAAGGGGGUUGGAGGGAGCAGAAAGGCGUAA